AUGGCCUAUCAAUCGCAAACUGAGACCAAGCCAGAGAACGAGAUCCCAUCAUCCUAUGGAAACUUCGACCGGAUCGUCGAGCCCUUCAACCUAGACUCGGCCCCAAUCCAGAUCGCAAAGUGGAAGAGCAGGGAGACCGGACUCAGUGUGGUUUGGGCUGAUGUUGAGGGCCCACUCGUCAAUGGAUACUUUACUGUUGCAACCGAAAUCUUCAAUGAUUCUGGAGUGCCUCAUACGCUGGAACACUUGAUCUUUCUUGGCUCAGAAAAAUUUCCCUACAAGGGUAUCCUUGAUAGUCUCGCCAACAGAGCCUUUGCCACGGGUACAAACGCUUGGACUGAUACUACUCACACUGCGUACACAGUCACUACUGCUGGCUCAGAGGGAUUUCUGAGAUUACUCCCGGUUUAUCUGGAUCAUGUCCUUUAUCCCACUAUCACCUCGGAGGGCUUCACCACCGAAGUCUACCACAUCAACGGAAAAGGUGAGGAUGCUGGUGUGGUUUAUAGCGAGAUGCAAGGUAGAGAGAAUGGCGCCAUGGACUUGAUGUCCCUCCGCAAUCAGCAGUUGUUGUAUCCGGCCACCAGCGCUUAUCGUAGCGAGACCGGUGGUUUGAUGGAAGCCCUUCGAGUCUUGACAGUCGAGCAGAUUAGAGAAUACCAUGACUACUACUAUCGUCCUCACAAUCUUCAACUGACCGUCACCGGAAAAAUCAAUCCGACUCAGCUACUAGAAGUUCUAAACUCGCAAGUCGAGCCCUCACUCAUUCAACAUGGCCAGAAUAAGAUCCCUUCAGCUUGGAAACGCCCAUUCUUAGAAACUCCAAGCAAAGGCGGUGCACGCAUCGAAAAGAGUCAAACGGUCCAAGUCGAGUUCCCCGAAAAAGAUGAAUCCAGUGGAGAGGUCCAAAUCAGUUGGGUCGGACCUAGCACCAAUGAUUUUCAACUUCAAACCGCACUUGAUGUAUUGGGCACUUACUUGACAGAUUCAGCUGUCUCACCCCUGGCUAAAAGAUUUAUUGAAAUUGACUCUCCAUUGUGCACGGACAUAACAUUCCACCCGACCGACGCGGAAAAGGCCAUCACGACAGUCUACCUAUCAUCAGUUCCUCUCGAACAAUUGGAUACGAUUGGCGAGUCCUUUAAGAAGGCUUUGGCCGAAGAAGCCGCUGCGAUCGACAUGGAGCGUCUGAAGAUGGUUAUCGAUCGAGCAGCGUUAAAAACGUGCAAUGCGAUGGAAGUAGAUGCGCCUGACUCUCUGUCAUCGGCCAUUAUCUCUAACUUUCUCUAUGGCGGUAGCUCUGAAUUGGUAACUGGUCUAUCAACUGAACUACAACGCUAUAAAACUCUUGCUGGCUGGUCUGCCGAUCAAUGGUCAUCGGUCUUCAGAGAAUGGCUAGUAGCCCCACCAAGCAUAUGUAUUAUUGGGAAACCAUCAGCCCAACUUUCAGAUAAGUUGGAGGCCGACACCAAGGCACGUGUAGAAGCCACCCGCAAGAAAUAUGGCCCCGAAGGUCUACAGGAGCUAGCUAAAAAGCUUACGCACGCUCAAGAGGUUAACGAUCGCCCCUAUCCCGAUAAAUUCAUCUCUGACUUUCCGAUCCCCAAGUUGGAGAGCAUCCAAUGGAUCGACGUCCAAAUCGCUAACGGUAAUGGAACUUACUCGAGUGAUCUACAAUCUCAUAUCGAUUCCAAGGAUCCAGUAACUUUGCCAUAUUUUGUUCACUUCAAUCAUAUCAAGUCGAACUUUAUAACGAUCUUCAUCAGUUUAUCACCUCCUGAUUUGCCUGCGGAACUGUUUCCUCUCUUACCCACCUACAUCAAUUCGUUUUUCUCCUUACCAGUCAAUCGGAAAGACGGCAGUCGCCUUGCGUACGACGAGGUUGUCCAUCAACUCGAUACUCAAACGGUCGAAUAUGAUAUCAAUCUUGGCUAUCCGAUCAGUCAGACCCUAGAGAUCUACAUGAAAGUUGAGAAAUCCAAAUACCCCACUGCCGUCAGCUGGUUAGGCGACUUGCUCUGGCGGAGUGAAUUUGAUGUCGAUCGACUACGGAUCAAUACGACCAAAACUCUACAAACUAUCCCCUCGAGAAAGAGGGAGGGGAGCGAUGUGUCUGCUGCACUCUAUGACGAGAUGACCUACUCUGCCGAUCUGGCGCCGAUGACCUCCAAUAACCUCUUCAAGCAAGAAUCCACCCUCCCGCUGGUUUUGGAAAAGCUCAAGUCUGACCCCGAGUCUUUGGUCAAACAAAUGGAGCAGCUCCGUUCUCAUCUGCUUAAGCCAUCAUCCCUGCGAAUCAGCGUCUCCGGUGACAUCAAAUCUCUGGCAGAACCGAAGUCGACUUGGCUCAAGCAUUUCCAAUCUUUAGAGCCCGAGAAACUGCAAAAUCCGCUGUUGGGAAAUACCGUCCUUUCGUCUGACGGCGCCCAGCCUUCGGGCAAGGCGCUUGUGAUGUCAAUGCCUUCGAUUGAAUCGAGCUACGCGUACCAUGCAGCCAAGGGUCCUCAGGGAUUUGACCAUCCAGACAAUGCGGCGUUGACAGUGGCGAUCAGCGUCUUGAAUGCGAUGGAGAGCUAUUUGUGGAAGGCGAUACGGGGCACAGGCUUGGCCUACGGGACCUCUGUCGGCGCGAAUGCGGAGACCGGACACGUCUACUUGAACAUCUACCGUAGCCCGGAUAGCUCUAAGGCGUUCCUUGAGGCUGGACGCGUGAUGAAGGAUUUGGUUGAUAAGAAGUUGAAAUUCGAUGACUUGAUUCUCGAAUCUGCCAAGAGUAGCUCCGUCUUUAGGGUUGCGUCGAAGAUUGCCACUGGGCCUGAUGCUGCUUAUCGGGUUUAUGCCGACGUCGCCUUGAAAGGGAUAUCUAAAGAUGCUCUCAGGCAGCAGCUUGAACAAGCGAAAUCGGUGACGAUCGAGGACGUACUCGAGUCGAUCAAGAAAUACUUGUUACCGAUCUUUGACUCCAAGAGCUCGAUAGCCGCGAUCGCUUCUUCAGCAACUAAGGCUGCCGAGAUCUCGGACCACUUCAAGCAGGCCGGCUAUUCGGUCGAGACCAGAGAGUUGCAGAACAACUCUGCCCUUGGCUUGGCUGAUGAUGACGACACCGAUGAUGCCGGCUCUUCCGGCUCUGACGCAGAGUCUGCUGCGAGUCGCUCGUAA